GAAGUCGACCUCGGCAGAAUUUGAACUCAGGACAUAAAAACAGACAAAAUGCCGCUGGGCAUUUCGCCCGGCGCGCUGUCAUUUAUGCCAGCGGCGCGCCGCCUUAGGGUGACAACUCCAAUGACAUCGAUUUCGGAACAAACGAGUGAAAUAAAAAUGCCGGCAACAAAAGGACUCAAAAGAACCGCACUUGCUGCUUUGAUUCCUGGAACUAAGUUUGAUCCCAAGACAUUUGAAGUGUCUGCAGUUGCUGAUCCAGAUGCCCCGACUGUUGUCUUUAAUGUACGUGGAACUAUCUUCGAAACAUAUCGUUCAAAUUUAUACCGGAAAAAUCUGAGCAAUUUGUCCAACGAAGAGUUUCUCGGUCAAUUCUACCGAGUGAGAUCAAACGAUUAUUUCUUUGACCGCGAUCCUUCACUUUUUUCAUCAGUGUUGGAAUAUCAACGGACCGGUGUGUUACAUAUUCCAGUGAAUGUGUGUGGUAAAGUGGCACGGCAGGAGCUGGAAUUUUGGGGAAUUGACGAAAGCUGUAUCGAAAAAUGCUGUUGGAGCACUUUUGAUUCCUGGAAUAGCACUUACGACGCAUUAAAACAAUUGGAAGAAGCCCAGAACAGAACAUUUAACCAAUAUACAGAGUCAAAAAUUGCUGGAAUGAAAUAUGGAAAAAUGAGAGCAGCGAUUUGGAAUUUUCUUUCUAACCCUAGAUCGUCAAACGGUGCGAAAAUUUUUGGCAUGAUAACAGUUAUGUUUAUUAUACUGUCCGUAAUGUCUUUCAUCGUAGCUACUCAUCCUGCCGGCCGAAUAGAAGGGGAUCGUGACAUUUUGGGACGAUUACACAGAAACAGAACGAAAUUAAGUGUGCCUCAUCCUGCAUUGGUCACAAUCGAUUUUAUUUGUCUCGCAUUCUUCACAUUUGAUUUAAUCACAAGGUUCAUCACUUGUCCAGAAUGGAAAAAAUUCGUUCGGGAUACUUUGAAUAUUGUGGAUUUCAUUGCGAUUCUUCCUGAUUAUAUCGACAUUAUUGUUGUCUACACAGUUGAGGCAAAUGUUGCAUUGGAAACCAUGCACUACGUGAAUUUUUUAAGAAUCUUUCGUGCCCUCAGGAUUUUCCGCUUGGUCCGUUAUGUUCCAGGCUUGUGGAUCAUGCUGUACACAUUCAAAGCCAGUUUCUGGGACUUGUUGUUGAUGAUUUGUUUUAUGAAUGUCGGUAUGAUUAUGUUUGCCACUUUCAUCUAUUACGCUGAGGAGGAAAAUUUCCCCAAUAUUUUCAUUGGUAUGUGGUGGGCACUGAUCACUAUGACUACGGUUGGUUAUGGAGAUAUGUCUCCAUCAAGUAACUUAGGGUACCUUGUUGGCUCGUUAUGUGCUGUCACUGGUUUGUUAAUGGUCGGUUUCACUGUUCCUAUAAUCGUCAGUAAUUUUGUCAUGUACUACAAACAUAUGCAAUCCAUGCAAGAAGCAGGGAAACGUGAGGAAAAAGCUCAGAAAGAUUUGGAUCUGCUGCAAAAGUUGAUAGAAAGUGAAGAAACAAGUGAACUAACAACCGAAGACAUGGGACCUGAGACUUCGUCGGAAAAGCGUUCUAAUGAAUCAGAAGAAAAACGUAAACAACAUCUGAAUUCGUCAAAAUUUCCUCCGCCAUCUUACGACAGUUUGCCAUCUCGCACUAAUCACCGGCGCUUGCGUGUAGGAAUAGCUCGAAAUUACAUGCUUACCAAUAAUAAUAAGCAGACGACAAAUGGAUCACAUGUAUUAAAGAAACCUCCUAAAGAAACUGGGAAUUCAGUACCAAGCAAAAAUAAUCGGGAUAAUUCAGACGUUCAUCAGCAUAUGAAUGAUGAAAACUCAAAUAUCAACUGUGGACCAGAGAUAAACGAUCUUGAAACAUCUAUGUUAUAAAGACAUUGGUAUUGCCGGGCGACAAUCGGGUGAAAGCCGCCGCCAUUGUAUAUCAUUAACUUCCACUAUUCAAAUGUUGCUGUGAUUUUGCUUAUUUUAAUAUUUCUAAUGUUGAUACCCUUAAUACCUGCAGUCAGUACGAGUCGUUGAUUCUUAUAAAUUACAUAUCACCACGCCGUCUAUAAAAGAAGGCACCAGAAAUUACUAUGAUAAUGUUGCUGCUGCUGAUGAUAAUACUAAUAUUAAAAGUAAUAAAUUAAUAAGUAAAAUAAUAAUGAUUUUUUUAUUUGCCAACAUGGUGACAGACGAAGAGACAACUGAGAGAGACAGAGCGAAAUGUGGAGUUUUAUAUAGAAAAAUCGAAUGCGAACAAAGAUGAUGUAAGAUAGUAUAUAAAUUGUAUACUAUUAUUUUAUAAUGAUGAUGAUGAUGAUGAUGAUGGUGCCGCCUUCCUGGUGCAAAAGAUCGUGAAUCUAGGACCGAUCGAAUGAAUAAUUCCACAAGAUCAUUCUGGAGAACAAGGGCAAGCGUCCAUCCUUCAGAUGUAUAUUCAGAGUAAUCACAUCUACUCCUACCAUUUUCCUAACUCUCGCUUAUCUUGAAGGCGGUGCCACCACUUUAAACCCUACUCCCAUUUUUCAAGUGAAAGUUGGAAAUGUCUAUGAGAACUCGGCCAAUAGUCGUAUGUGCCCUACGUGCGACAGCUGCUGUUUGAUAUAACUCUGCCAAAAAUCAUCUAAAGGUUGCUUGAGUGGAAAUUUCGCGAUACGAAAACAGUUUCCACGAGUGAUCAUUUAUGAGAAUAUGUUGCUGUACAUUGCAAUGAGCAAGCCUAUGAAAUGAGUUCGUUUCCUGGUUAACUUUAUCGAAAUCUUUCAAGCGAUCCAACUUGGUACGGGUCCCACAGAACUCAACCUUGUCAGUGAUGUUUUACUGGGGUGGGAAUUGAUGCAUACAGUCUUAAGUUCUUUAAGUUUGCGUUUAUCACUGUAAUGGACCAAGUGUUGUCUACAACAUAUCUCUUGUUGGUAUCCUUUUUUCAGCUGUAUUACUACACUUCAGUUCACAGCACUUGGAAUUCUCUUAUUCCGCAGUCAGUUGCGGUAGACAUCUUCCAAUAGGCUACCCAGAAAUCUAGCAUGUAUUUUUUAAUAUCAGGUUAGAUCUUCCAAACCAGGAUAUUCGCUCCUCGUGCAACUCCUUCCUGUCUCCCGUAUUUCAGUCGAUAUUAUCAUCUUCUGCCAUUGAUCGCAAUAGGCCGACGAGGUAGGCAGUAAACUCCACUACCGUUUACAAUUCAUUGUCCACCUCUAAGUGUCGGACCAAUUAGUGUUAGAAAGCCAUACACAUCUGUUCAGAACCGAGUAUCUUGCGCCCGUCUAUGUUCAUCAAAUACUAGAUUGGGAUUUGGUUGCUAUGUCAUUCUUCGCCCACUCCGGCCUAUUGGAAAGCUUUUUGUUCCCCACAAUUGUUUAGUGCACGAGCAUUAGCUCUGGCAACAUAACAUUUGUGUUUUGUGCUAAAAGCUAUUCUCGCCGCUAGUCUGUUGGUCGUGUAGCUUCUCAAACAACCUCUCUAUUAAUAACUCUUCAAUAAACGCUACCGAGCCUCUCUAUUCACCCUCCUCGGGAUCAUCAUCGCUGGUUGUUGACAAUUCCUUUCGACAACUGUUCCCUAGUUUGCUAAUCCGAUCCUGUUGCCUUUCCAGUAACUGAAUUUCUAUCAACGGGCCCUAUCUAUAUCGAUCGUGUAGACCUCAAAUCUCUGCUAUUCUUAUCUGCUGGUCAGACAAAGACUCUUUUUUAGACGCGGGUCCAAGACAAUUUCCAGUCCAUUGAGGUCUAAAGGUUUCACGAAUAAUACAUCGACCCUUCUUCAGAUCCUUAGAGAUCAUGGAAUGAGUAUACCUUUUAGUCGAUUACAUUUGCUCCAGAGAUUCUGGUCUCUCUAAUAGCCAUCACAUCUAUAUCCAGUGACCUGAACUCGUCGAACAAGUUGAACCCAGUCAGCACACAUUUAUCUGAGUGAAGAAAUUUUGAUUAAAGAAAAAAAAACUGAGAAGGUCACUCAUUAAGUCCUCGAAAGACCUGUUGACCUGGUUACCUCGUUUGAUAAGUAGGAGAUAU